AGAGACAAGACGCGUCUUGGAUCACAAAUCGGAUCAGUGCGCAUGCUCCGUCCGUUCCGUUUACUGUAUAUUCACUGUGGUAAAAGGGCAGGCAGGCAACAAACCAAGCUUCUUCUUUUUUUUUUUUUAGCAAAGUGGCUUCUACAAUGUAAAUAAGCUCCAAGGAAACCAAAAGGAAUAUCAACAGGUAUGCUUUUAAUUUACAUCUUAGCAGUCCUUUCGAUUUUUAUUGGCCUAGUUACUGUGGCUUUGGAUUCCAGUCAAUUCAUAGCGGGUACUUGGAAAUUCUUCUGCCUAAUGGACGUGCGGAUUCGCUACACGGUAAUGUUCAAUCCAACAGUGAACGGUAUUUUUAGGUGUGAUGAGACAAAAGAACAAAGGAUGCCGUAGAAGAGAGGCUGCUUACAAGCCGGGAAUCUGCUUCAAAACACAACAAAUGGAUCUAUCACCUCCCCCUGCCGCCUCCAGAUAAUGAUACUUGGCUGAAGCUACUACAUCUUUAUGAUCCCUCCUCCAUCUAUGGCGAACUAUAGCCAUGCAGGGGACCACAACAUCUUGCAGAAUGUCUCUCCUCUCGCCACGUUUCUCAAACUGACAUCCCUGGGUUUUAUCAUUGGAGUCGGCGUCGUUGGCAACCUCCUGAUCUCCAUCCUACUGGUCAAAGACAAAAGCCUGCACCGCGCACCAUACUACUUCCUGCUGGACCUGUGCGCCUCGGACAUCCUGCGCUCCGCCAUCUGCUUCCCCUUCGUCUUCACCUCUGUCAAGAAUGGUUCCACCUGGACGUACGGCACGCUUACAUGCAAAGUGAUAGCCUUCCUGGGGGUGCUGUCCUGCUUUCACACAGCGUUCAUGCUCUUCUGUGUGAGUGUGACACGCUACCUGGCCAUAGCCCACCAUCGCUUCUACACCAAGAGGCUCACCUUCUGGACGUGUUUGGCAGUCAUCUGCAUGGUGUGGACGUUGUCGGUGGCCAUGGCCUUCCCCCCGGUGCUGGACGUAGGGACGUACUCCUUCAUAAGGGAGGAGGACCAGUGUACAUUCCAGCACCGCUCGUUCAGAGCCAACGACUCCCUGGGCUUCAUGCUGCUCCUCGCCCUGAUCCUCCUGGCCACCCAGCUUGUCUACCUCAAGCUAAUCUUCUUCGUCCACGACCGCCGGAAGAUGAAACCAGUCCAAUUCGUGCCUGCCGUCAGCCAGAACUGGACCUUCCAUGGUCCCGGGGCCAGCGGCCAGGCAGCGGCUAACUGGCUGGCGGGGUUCGGCAGGGGCCCCACCCCGCCCACCCUGCUGGGCAUCAGGCAGAACAGCAAUGCAGCGGGCCGGCGACGCCUGCUGGUGCUGGACGAGUUUAAGACUGAGAAGAGGAUAAGUAGGAUGUUCUACAUCAUGACCUUCUUCUUCCUCACACUGUGGGGCCCCUACCUAGUGGCCUGCUAUUGGAGGGUGUUUGCCAGGGGCCCCGCGGUCCCAGGGGGGUACCUGACCGCGGCGGUGUGGAUGAGCUUCGCCCAGGCGGGAGUCAACCCCUUUAUCUGCAUCUUCUCCAACAGGGAGCUCCGGCGCUGCUUCAGCACCACUCUCCUUUACUGCAGAAAGUCCAGGUUACCUAGGGAACCCUACUGCGUUAUAUGAAGGCUUGGGUUGUUUUUUUCCCUUCCACUUCUCCACUGAUUGAUCUCAAUUUGGGUUUGGUCCCAUUGUACAGCUCUCUUUCUCUUCAUCCUCCAGUUUCUCCUCCUCCUCCUCCUUCCCUCUCUUCUGAGGCAGAAGUUGGACUGUCAAUCACUCCCUUGGUUCUGUGAUUGAACAUCAAACAUGGAGGUUGAAGGGAAUGAAAUAAGCAGGCAGCUGAGAACCCCUCCUAUGUUUAUGUUCUAGUAAACAACUGCUGUGGAAGGUUAUUUAGAAGCAGAGAAGACGAAGAAAAAGGAAUCAUUGGUGAAACUACAAAAUCAAAGGACUGAGCCCUUGCUUUGGAUAUUUUGAAGAUAAUUAUUUGAGGUAAAAGAUUUUGGUGAAAAAAACCCACAGAAAACUAAGAAACGAUUUCCUCUAAAGAGUCACUGGAAUUGUUUUACAUUUAAAAGUUGCACUAAAAAGAAGAUGUAAAGAUGCUUUUUUUGAUCUACGGUUGCAUUGCAAGAUGCAAGGACAACUUGUUUCCCCCCCUAACUAAACAAUGAAUGCUUUACUUUGCAACAGACAUCCCAUUCGCUGUAUGUAAAGCAAAACAAUGUUCGGUGACUAACUGUUGGAAUACACCUUCACAAGAGGAUUAAAUUGGUUUUAAUGUAAGUGAUAUCUUUUUCAUUUUGGGGGGCGG